AUGAUUUCAUUUUAUUAAUAAGUUCCUUUAAAAGUAGAGGCAUUUACUCACAGUUAAAUUUGUGUUAGGAUUUCUUGUUGGAUUGCAUUUUUCUUAUGUCUACAACUUUUUGGAAUUGGGGAUAGAAAGAAAUUUGUUUCUAAACCAUUUUAUCAUUAAGAAUGUUAAGAAAGUGAUUACUAAAAUUAAACUAAACUUAUUUGUUCUUCUAUUGGAAUGUUUUAACCAGAGAUGAAGGAUGUUAAAUUGGAAAUCAAUAUUUCAAUCUCCAAUGUAACAACAACAAUAUAAAUUAGGAAGAUUUAUACAAAUUGAAUAAAAGCAAACUUUCAUCUGAAUUUUAAAUCAGUACUAUAAAUGUUCAAUUAACUUUAUAUAGCAAUUAAUCACUUGAUAAUUCAACGUAUAAAUAUAUAAUAGUAAAGUGAAAUGAAGAAUUAUUAGAGUUAUGAAACAAUAAUGAUAGAUGAAUAAAUAAAUACAAAAUUAGAUUGCUUGAAAUGGUUUGAUCAUUUUAAUUGUAUUGGAGAAUUAAGAGAAAUAAAUACAAAUUAAAAUACAUUAUUUCUAUCCCAUAUAUCCAUUAUAAAACCACCAGAAUAUUAAACAUUAAAAAUGUAAUAUUUAUAAUCAACUUUUGAAAAUACUCAAUUUUAUCGUAUACUUCUCUCAUGUUAAGUAAAUUCUAUAUAUAUAUUUUUAAUUAGUUUCUUUUCACUGUAAUUAUUAUUUAUGCAAUGUGUUAUUUAUAUAUUAAUAUUGAUGGUUACUAAAAAAUAUAAUGGCCAGAUAUUUUAAAAUGGAUACCUUUUUUAUUAGUGUUAAUGGUAUUUUAUAAUAUGCCAAUUUAAUUAUUUAGAUAUUCUCAUUUAUAUUUUGUAUAAGGUUAUACAAAUAUGAUUUAAUUAUUUGUAUAAACUAGUUUAUUAUAUUUCUGGUUGAUUAUAUUUGAAUUUUAGAAAUUUUAAAAUAUGACAAUGGAAGAUAUAAUUAAUAAAAAGAGAUUAUUAUAAUUGAAACAUGCAUUUUAGAUUAUUAUUGUUUUAUUGUAUACUUUACCAUAAGCAUUUAUGAAUCUUUAUCUCUUUUAUCAAAAAUAAAAUAAUUCAUAAUUUGAUAUUAAAAAAGAUAUACAAUUUUAUGAAAUCUAUGAGAAAUACAUAUUAACAGUAUUAACAAUAUAUACAUUAUGCUUUUUUUAUUUGCUUUAUAAAUAAUUUAAUUACACUCAACCAAAUAUGAAUAAUGAAAUAGUUAAAGUUUAAGAAACACAAUAUGAAAUAUUCCCAGAAUAAGAUUAAUCCAAAUUUGCAAAAGUAUAAAUUAGAAAGUAUAAAUUAUUACAUAUACUUUCUACAUUAUGCUUUUUUGUUUUGCUUUAUAAUUAAUAUAUAAGAAUACUUAGACCUAAAUAAAUUACUGUAUUAAGUAGUGUCAAUGAAUGGAGUUUAAUCAACAUUUAUAUAUGUAUGAUUAUUCAAUUUUAUAUACCAUCUAAAAGGGAAUCAUAUAAUAUACCAAAUGAAGUUACUGAUAAUAAAAUUUAAUAAGUGGAAUAAGAAGAAGCAAUAUGA